CGCGGAGUACAACUAUAGCAAUAGCCGUGGAAUAUUAGAGCACGCACAGAAAUGAAAGUUACUCUGCUUGCUGUGGCUAUCGUCACCGCAUUGGCAUCCCUAACCGGAGCCGCCGAUCCUGAAUGCAUCUAUCGCAAAAUCCGUGGCCUAGCAUCACAUUGGCCCAAUCCCACCGAUUGUGCUAGUUACUACCGCUGCUCCAACAAAAAUGUGGCCAAGGCCAUAACCUGUCCUGUUGGCAAGGAAUACAAUCCUAAGACUGGCAAAUGCGCCACAGCCGGACGUGGUCUCUGCAAACUCUCCCUGGCCGCACCGUUGGCUGAGGUGGCCAAUGUCUGUGCCGAUGAGGUGAAUGGCGCCUAUCUGCCCAACGCUGACUACUGUAGCCAGUUCUAUGUCUGCAACCAGCAGUUGGCCUAUCCCCAAUACUGUGAUUCUGGCAGCUACUUCAACACCACUCUCGCCGCUUGCUGGCCCGAUACCGAUACAGUCUGCUGGCAAAAUAUUUGCAUCGAUCACCCCGAUGGCACAGUGGAGCCCAGCACCACCGCCUGUGCCCACUACUAUCUUUGCAAUGAUCAGGAGGCCACCGUGCAGAGCUGUGACAGCGGUUCGUACUUUGAUGUUACAUUGGCAGAGUGUGUCACCGAUGAGGGUAAUACGCAUUGCUGGGAGAACUUUUGCAUUGACAAGCCCGAUGGCUCAGCUGUGGCUGAUAAUGACGAUUGUCAGAUCUUUUAUAUUUGCAACAAGAACACGGCUACAAAGCAAUAUUGCUCCGAUGGCUCGUACUUCGAUAUCUCCGGUCCGAACUGUGUUCCUGGCACUUGUCCUGACAAGAAUACAACUACAACGACGCCUGAAACACCCACAACGGAAACACCGUCAACAGGCUGCAAUUGUGAAGGCGAUAUACCCAAUGGCGAGCUGACACCCAACGAGGACAACUGCCGUCUGUACUAUGCCUGCAAGGAUGGCGUGUUACUGCCAGGCGAUUGCCUGAGAGGUAAUUACUUCAAUAAGGUCUUGAACGUUUGCAUGCCCGUGGAGGGUGAUGAGUGCCCAGAGAGCUGGUUGCCCGACUGCGAGGAAGGCGAUGUCGCUGUCGAUGCACAGAACUGUAACAAGUAUUAUGUCUGCGAGGAUGGCGUUUGGGAAUCUCAAACCUGCGACACUGGCUAUUACUUCCAGCCGGACUGUGGCAGCUGUGUGGAAGAUACGGAACAUGUGUGCCCGCAAUGCGAAAGCACUGAAACCACAACGCAAUCUGCAGUGAUCCCGUCAAGUGAACCCAUUCCCACAACGGCGACAUUCGAGUGCAACGCAAGUGAUCCUACGCACCAGGCAGAAAACUGUUAUACGUACUUUGCAUGCAUUGCCGGCAGCUGGAGAGAAGAGUCCUGCCUGCCUGACACUUACUUCAAUGUUACGCUCAAGGCUUGCGUCGCGGACGUGGACAACAAGAAUUGCCCGGAGAACAGGAUGACGAAGGGAUUGCGCAGCAAGCGUAGCGUGGAGGAAGAGCUUAGCAACUGCACUUGUCCCGGCGACAUUGCCGAGGGCAGCAUUGUGCCACAUCCCACUGACUGCGACAAGUAUCAAAUCUGUGUGGAUCAACAGCUCGUCGAUGGCAGCUGUGGUCCUGGCAACGUCUUCAGCAGCUGUGAUGGUGUCUGUGUGCCCGAUGCUGAUGGCACUUGCUGGCCGUGUGCCAACAAACCCAACGGCUACCUCAUCACCAAUCCUUCUGACUGCACUUCCUAUUUCACCUGCUCCAAUGGUGCUGCUAUCGAAACGACUUGCCCAUCUGGUGAAUGGUUUACGGGCGAUGCAUGUGAGAUCGAUGUAACUGGAGUAUGCAUCAAUCCCUGCACCUGUGGCACCGGAAACGUUGCCCAUCCCAUCUGUAAUAAAUACUAUCAGUGCACUGAUGGUGUCCCACAGGUGGUUGACUGUCCCGCCAAGCAGGCCUACGAUACUGCCACACAAAAAUGCUCAACCACAGUAUCAUGCAAUGCAACACUUUGUGCUGAUGCCGUUGAUGGUACUGUUUAUCCCAUUGCUGGCGAAGAUACCAAGUUCUACAUAUGCUUGAAUAAUGAGGCUACGAUACAUACGUGUCCCGCAAACACUGCUCUGGAUCCCACUUAUUUGAUAUGUCUGGCUGUGCCCAGUUGCGCUUGUGAUCAGACGCAGUGCACCUCGAGCUCGCUAUAUGAGGCUUAUCCUUCCCUGAACAAUGACAAUUCUACCUUCUGUCUCUGCGAGGAAGAUGGUGGCUACUUGCGUAACUGCCCCGGGGGCUAUUACUUUGAUGCUGACGAAGCUAUUUGCACCUUCACGGGUCCUUGUGAUCCUCAGGGCUGCGUCGAUAAACCCGAAUACUCCCCCCUGGUCAACUACGAUGAUCCCAACAGCUUUUGUCUGUGCCGCGCUGGCGAACCAGUUCCUGUGCCCUGUCCCAUUGGCUACACCUUCAGCAGCUCUUUGCUCAUUUGCAUUCCAGCUGUAAUUCCCGAUCCCCGCUGCUGUCGCGACUAUUGCAUUGGCAAGGAGGACGAUCUGACUUUCCCUGCUCUGGACACAGAUACUGGUUUCUGUCUGUGCGUGGAUGAGGUGGCCUCCUAUAAGGAUUGCCCAGCGAACAAGACCUAUGAUGCCGACUUGGGCAUCUGCCUCACUUCCUAUCCUGAUGUGGAAUGCGAGUGCAAUCAGUGUGAUGCCACACUUUGCAACACACUGGAAGAAAAUGAUACCUUUGGCGUACCGGGAGAUACCAGUGGGUUCUGCUUAUGCAAGGAUUAUUGUGCAGUGUACGAGAAAUGUCCUGAAGGCAAAGAAUACGAUGAUGAACUAUCGAUUUGUUUAGAACCUGCGGUACGAGAAAAGAGUUUAACAAACUGGGAACAGUUUUAUGAUAUACUACCGACUAUUCUUUGUAGGGUCCCCGUUGUCUGCGACGAGUCACAAUGCGACCUACUGGAGGAAUAUGAAUCGUAUCCGGCAGAUAAUGGCACCGACGGCUUCUGCUACUGCAUGGACGGUCUGCCAAUUUACAGGCCUUGCCCAGAUGGCAAGGAGUACGACAUAACCUAUGGCAUAUGCCUUGAUGUAUUGGUGCCAAGUUGUGACUGCGACCAGGACAAAUGCAGCUGCCUUGCUGAGUAUGAGGCUUACCCCUCCAACAACGAUGACGACACCAGUUUCUGCUACUGCAAGGAUGGCGUCGGCAUCUUGGACAACUGUCCAGUCGGCAAGGUCUUUGAUGCCGAAGAGGGCAUUUGCAUUCUUCAAGCAGCUUCUGAAUGCGUCUGUGAAGCAAACAAAUGUGCCAGUCUUCCGGACAAUACCGUGUUUGCGGCACUAAACACCACGUUUGGGUUCUGUCUGUGUCUCCAGGGUGUCAACAUCUAUGAACCUUGUCCCGAUGGCAAGGAAUAUGAUGCCACCUUUGAGAUUUGUCUGGCAUCAGCCAAAGCCCUCAAUCAAGAAAUCUCCUGCGAUGUGAAUCAAUGCCGCAGCUUAGUGGAAUUCGCCACUUUUGCUGCCGCUGACACUGAGUAUGGCUAUUGCUUCUGCGAGUCCGAUGGCAGUGUCACCUACAAGACCUGCUCCAAUGGUCACAUGUACGAUGCCAGCCUUGGCGUCUGUUUGGUCGAUGCCUGCGAUGCCCUGCAGUGUCGCUCCCGCAUUCCAUUCGAGGCAUUUGCAGCCAAGAACACCACCAGAGGUUUCUGUGCCUGCGAUAUUACACCCAUCUAUUACCACUGCUCGGCUGGACAUGUCUUCGAUGAUGUUCUGGGUGUUUGCGUGGAUGAAAUGACUGCCACGGUGGCUGCCUGCGAUCCUCGGGAGUGCCGCAAUCGCGUGCAGUUCGAGCCUUUCGCUGCCAAGAACGACACCGUGGGCUUCUGCUCCUGCGAUGGCAAGGAGGAGAUUGUCACCUACCACAGAUGCGUGGAGGGCAAGCUGUUCGAUCGCAAGCUAGAAAUGUGCCUGAGCAGCGAACAUAGUGUGCAGAAGAGAUCCGUUGAGCCGGAGGAAAAAUUCGCCUGCGAAGUGAAUGAGAAACGUUCACUGCCCUCAAACUGUUCCCAGUACGAGAUCUGCGUGGAUGGCAAUUGGCGGCGUCGGACUUGCUCCGACGAACGCUACUACAAUCCGGAGCAACAGCGCUGCCUGGAACCCCGUGACGACAUGGUGUGCAACUAUGCUCGAGUGCCUGGACUGCCUGUGUGUGAUUUGCGUAGUGAAUCUGAAUCCAUUCCCAGUCGAAGUGGGAAGAGUAGCUGCCUGCAGUACUUCCGCUGCAAUGCCGGCAGAUGGCGCCUGCGCAGCUGUCCACGCCGUCAUUACUACGCCACGCAUGUGAACACUUGCCUGCCCAUGCCCGUCUACGAGGGCGACGACUUUUGUGGCUGGCUCAAUCGAACUGCAAUCUCCACAAGCUGUCGACAUCUUGCAGUACGUCCUGCUGCCGGUAGUUGCUCCACGUUUUUGAUGUGCACCGAGAACGAAUGGUGGCUGCAAUCAUGUCCACUGGGCAUGUACUUCAGUCGGCAGCACAACUACUGUCUGCCCAACGAUGCCAAUCAAUGUGAGCUGUCUCGCAAUGCAACCUGCUUGGAGGAUGGCCAGCGACGCGGCAUCGCGGGCAGUUGUCGCUCCUUUGAGUUGUGUGUGGCAGGCAAAUGGCUGAGCGGCACUUGCCACAGCUGGGAACAGUUUGAGCCGCAACUGGGCUGCAUGCCAAGCGAUGGCAGCUGCCAGGGCAAUGGCCUACGACGCGCCUGCAAUCCCGGCGAGCUGCGAGCGAUGCCCGUCAAUUGUAGUCAGUUGUUCUACUACUGUGUGGCCGACGAGUGGCAAGUAGUUAGUUGUUUGCGCGGUCAAAGCUUUGACGUCGAGUUGGGCAAAUGUCAAUCGCAGGACAAGUGUCAGCUGCAGGUGAAGGAAAAGGAUUACUCGACGAACAACUGUGUGGGUCAGUCCGAUGGCACGAGUGUGCCGCAUCCCGAUGACUGCACUCGCUUCUACAUCUGUCUGCAACAGCAACCGGCGCUGCCACAAAACUGCGCCAACGGCAGCUUUUUCGAUGCCGCUCGCAGCUAUUGUCGCCCCAACGAUGGCAGCUGCCAGCAACUGGCCACGAUUUGCAGCAACAAAACAAAUGGCGCAUUGAUACCACAUCUGCAGAAUUGUCGCGCCUACUACAACUGUUCCAAUGCGACGACGCAGCUGCUCUACUGCCCCAAGGGACAAUACUUCGAUGGCGCACAGCUGCAAUGCCGCCUUGAUCUGGGACAGUGCAAGCAGCAACCGAUGUCCGACUCGGAGACGAGCCUGGGUCUCUGCACUGGACUACAACAUGGCGCCCAUCUGCCACACAAGCUCUACUGCAAUCUCUACUAUGUUUGCGUGCGUGGCUUGGCCAUCUCGGUGCAAUGCGAAGAGCAGCAACGCUUCAAUGCCACUCUGGGCAGCUGUGUCAAACAGCUCGAGUCGGAUGUGGAGUGUUUGCAUGGUCAGCUGGAUGACAAGUUAAACAGCAGCGCCGUCUACAGCUGCGAUACUCUGCAGGAUGGCAGCUAUGUGCCCGACUAUCGUGACUGCACCAAGUAUUACAUUUGUGCUGGCGGUAUUGCUUUGAGCCAACACUGCGCCCUGGGUUCGUACUUUGAUGCCGAGCAACUGCUUUGUCUGCCUGCCGAUGGCGUUUGUCCUUAUGUGCCUCAAUCUAACUCCAACAACGAGCGACAGCAGCCGCCGAAUCCGCUGAUCUGCGAGGGCAAACAUGGCUUCAUUAUGCCGGACACAUCGAAUUGCAACAAUUUCUUUAUUUGCAUUGCGAAUAAAUUGCGCUGCGAUCGCUGCUAUAGCGGCUACUUUUUCAAUGCGACAUUGCAACAGUGUCAGCCCAUUGAAGUCACCUUGGAAGAGGACAAGGAUGUGCAGCUAGAGCUGAAGCCAGCGUUAAUUACAGAGCAGGAGCUGCCCAUGAAGGAGUCGCAUUCCUGGGACCAAUGCAACGAUGCACCCACAGAUUUUGUGCAACUCUGCGAAUAUAUUGGCGAAGGUUCAUCCAUUGCGGAGCCGGGAGAUUGUCGUCGCUACAUCAGUUGUGAGGAGAAUGAACCCAGCUCACAGCGUUGUCGCAAUGGCGAGAGCUACGACAGUUUGCUUGGCAUCUGUCGUCAAAAUGAUGGCACCUGUUUGAUGGAGAACGGCGAACGUGUUGGCGUCUGCAAUGGCAAGCAUGGACAGCUGGCCAGAGACUCUCAAAAUUGUCGUGGCUACUUUGUUUGUGUGCAUGGCCAGAAGAUCGAGGCAGAGUGCGAGCCGGGUCACUAUUUUAACAGGGUCACCAACACUUGCCAGCUGGAUGUGCUGCAGCAGUGCAACGGCAAUACCAAUGAGGUGGCAAAGCCCAAGAUUGAUGAGCCAUCGAUUUGAUCUUUCAACUAUUUAUACUGCAAUCUAAAGUAAUCACGCUUGGGGAAUUCUUUAACUUAACUUCUUAAUUGGUGAUGGUCUAAAUAAAAA